AUGUCUAUGGAUAUUCGAUCCUUUUUUGGCCGCGGUGCUAAGCCAGUCAAAGCGCCAGAACAGGCCAAGACACCCACCGUCAAAAGAAAGGCGUUAAUUAUAAGCGAUGAUGAAGAUGAUACUAAAGCAUCACCCCGUUCUUCGAAACAAGUCGGAAAGGAUGGUUCAUCGAGUGCAGCGAACAGUGUGUUGAAGAAGCGGCGUGUUAUCGAAUCCGAUGAUGAAGAGGAGGAGAAGAGUCUUGUGAAUAAGAAAGCAGGUAAAGGUAGUGACGUUAAGCAGGAAAAGCUAAAGCCGGUGAAUGUGUCGGAUAUCUUUAGCUCGGAACCGGUGAAGCGGGUGGAGCUGCCCAAGAUUCCUAAAAAGAAAACAAUCGAGCCGGUUGAACAGCUGAAGCUAGACGAGGAUGAUGAUGAUGUUAUACCGGUGACACCGCAACCGGACAAGAAAAUGGUUAGAAAAGAUCGUAACGGAAACGAGCGAGAUGAGAAGCGAAGGCCGGAGAAGUUGAAGGUUUCUCCACCAGAAACACCAAAGGCAAAGACACCAGAAAAAUCAAAGGUUUCGUCACCGGAAAAACCAAAAAAAGUGAAGAAAGAAGCGGUUGACGAACCUGAUGUUAAAUCGAAAAAAAGUUACGUAAAACAAAAAUCCCUUGACCAGCACUCACCAAGCGAUGAAAAUCCCAGCCCCAAGGGGAGCCGAAAGCUCGACAGCAGUGUAUCGGAUUACAAGGAAGCGAACGAAUCCGUCCUUACCGAUGAGGAGCGUCAUGAGCGCAAGCGAAUGUCAGCUAUUUUAUACCAGAAGUUCAAAAACCGUCAAGGUCCAGCCAAUCCGGGCUCGAAGGAAAUUCCAGAAGGGAAGCCAAAUUGUUUACAGGGCAUGCAGUUCGUUAUUACUGGUGUGCUCGAGUCGAUGGAGCGCGAUGAGUGUGCUCAAGUGAUCAAGGAUCUGGGAGGCAAGGUUGUAGGGGCCGUUUCGAAGAAGGUCACCCACAUGGUGGUUGGUGAUGAUGCGGGACCGAAGAAAAUCGCUCAGGCAGAGGAUCUUGGAAUAGUAACGCUAAGUGAAGAUGCUCUUUUGGACUUGAUCCGAGUGAAAUCGGGACAGAAACCAUUGAAAAGGGAUAACGCCGCUAAGCAAUUGGAAGAAACUCCGAGCAGCAGCAGUAGUUAUAACAAAAGAAAAGAAUCCCCAAAAGAAGAAAAAGAAACAAAAAAGAUCAAAACAGAACAAUCUCCUAUCAAAGCGACGAAGGAAUCGGUGAAAGUGAAUGUGGAAAAAUCACCUGCUCGAUCACCUAGCAAAGUGACCAAACUGAAGGAACCGGUAAAGGUAAAGGAAGAGAAGAAAUCGCCACGCAAGACAGCAGAUACUUCGAUUCCGGAGCUAACAGACUAUCAGAAGGAUAUUCAAAGUGUGGACAAUAUGGCUUGGGUGGACAAGUAUAAACCUACCAGCACGAAGCAAAUCAUUGGACAGUUGGGAGCAAGCAGUAACGUCCAGAAGCUAACCGUAUGGCUAUCGAGCUGGUACAAGAACAAUGACGGUACGAAAAAGCACGCGAAACCAAAUCCCUGGGCAAAGAACGAUUCCGGAGCUGCCUUUAAAGCGGCACUACUUUCGGGGCCUCCAGGUGUGGGUAAGACGACCACUGCCACGUUGGUGUGCAAAGAGCUAGGAUUCGAUACGGUAGAAUUCAACGCAUCAGAUACGCGUAGCAAAAGGCUGUUGAAGGAAGAGGUCUCGGAACUGUUGAACAGUAAAUCGCUUGCCGGGUACUUCGGUGGACGAAGCGACAAGGUUUCGAGCAAGCACGUACUUCUAAUGGACGAGGUGGACGGUAUGGCAGGCAACGAGGAUCGUGGUGGAAUGCAGGAAUUGAUCGCGUUGAUCAAGGAAAGCCACAUCCCGAUCAUCUGUAUGUGCAACGAUCGCAAUCAUCCGAAGAUUCGGUCGCUGGUUAACUAUUGCUUCGAUUUGCGCUUCGGUCGACCGCGGGUGGAACAGAUCAAGGGUGCCAUGAUGUCCGUUUGCUUCAAGGAACAGCUCAAAUUAUCACCCGGCGUACUGGAGGAGAUCAUCACCGGUACCGGCGGUGAUGUGCGACAAACGUUGAACCAUCUGGCGCUGUAUAGUGCGGGGAAAUCGAUGGCCGCUGCCUUGUCGGUGGAUACAGCGAAAAAGCAAGCAGAUACGGCCAAGAAAGACAUCAAGAUUGGUCCAUGGGAUGUGAUUCGGAAGGUGUUUUCGGCUGAGGAUCAUAAGCACAUGACGCUGAACGAUAAGGCGGAUCUGUUUUUCCACGAUUACAAUAUUGCACCAUUGUUCGUGCAGGAGAACUACCUCAAGGUUCAACCGAAAGCGCCCAGAACGGAAUGGUUGGAUCGUAUCGCAAUGACAGCGGACAGUUUAAGCCGUGGCGAUAUGGUGGAACGCAGAAUACGAUCAAACAUGGCGUGGACAUUGCUGCCGGUGCAAGCCAUGUACAGCUCGGUGAUGCCGGGCGAGUUCAUGGAGGGCCACUUUACGGGGCAAAUCAAUUUCCCAGGUUGGCUGGGGAAAAAUUCCAAAGCGACGAAACGCAAACGAUUGGCGCAGGAAAUACACGAUCACACAAGAGUGGCCACGUCUGGUUCCAGGCAGGCUAUACGGCUUGAUUAUGCACCUCACCUGCUGCGUUCGAUCGUACAGCCGUUGCAAAUGCGUGGUUCAGAAGGAGUUCACGAUUCGCUGGAAGUGAUCAAGGAAUAUCGCCUGCUGCGUGAAGAUAUCGAUUCGCUGGUGGAGCUUAGCACGUGGCCGAAGCGUAAAAGUCUGCUGGAUGCUGUUGAUGGCAAGGUAAAAGCAGCGUUAACACGUGCAUACAAUAAGGAGAUUGCACCGUAUACGUACUCGGCUAUGACGACGGUUAAAAAGAAGGCACGCGAUGCUGUACAGGACGAAGUGGAAGGUGGUAUAUACGGGGAGGAAGGAGAACAGGAUGGUGGUACGAUGGGGGAUUCGGAUGACGAGGAAAAGGAGGACAAGAUCGAUGAUAAUGCUUUUAUUAAGAUAAAGAAAAAGGCGACUCCGGCGGUCGCUAGUAAGGCCAGCACAUCGAAAGCUACUGGCGCGAAGGGUAAGAAAAAAUAGACCGUUC